AUGAACGACGAGGAAGACUGGAAACGGGGGUACGCUUUAUGGGAUGACAAGCGGCUACAAGACUGGUACUCUUAUCUACCUGGUACCGCGCACUAUCACCACGGGUUUCGCCAAGUACGAUUGAUUGAGAUGAGGAGACUUUUGAAGCCGGGUGGCAUUCUCGCUGUACGCGACGGUACCCACCAGCACUUCUACCCACCAAGCCUAGGGCUCGACCACUUGUGGGUCCGUAAUCAGGGUCGGGCAUUGCUCAAGGGGGCCAUGUGUGUAGACCCAACGGGGACAAUUUUACCAGCAUUGUUUCGUCGUGCGGGCUUUGAUGCCGAUGGCGGCAAAGUCCUGAUUGGAUGCGGAACGACCGUCUUUUCAGGGCCGGAAAUCCGAAAGUGGUUAGCCAUUCGUGCAGCCAGCCAGCUGCAGCCAGCAGAUGCUGUCUACCACAGCUGGCUGGAUGCUGGCAUUACUGAGGGUGAAAUUCAGCAGACGCUGCUGGCCGUUAAUAAGUGGGCCGACACCGAGGAUGCCUGGUACGGCGUCUUGCAAUGUGAGAUGCUUGCGUGGAAGUAA